GAUCCCGAGUCUGUCCAACUUCCCCAUUUCAUGCCAGGCUUUGAAAAUGUAGCUGAACCCUCCCAACAGUGGCCCAAGGAAACUCCAAGGAAACAUGAAGGAUUCAGUCAAACUGGUUACUUGGCAUCCUGCAGACCACUGUUUCCCAAUCUGCAAGCAUAUCAGGGCAUUUGCCUGAAGUCACGUGCAAAAGUUUAGAGGUUCCUAAUCGGUGCAGAAUCUUCGGGAGCAGAGGAUGCUCACCGAACAAGGCGUUCCCACGAUGUGGCUGAUUUUAACAACAACCUGUUGUUUGAUCUGUGGAACUUUAAGUGCUGGUAGAUUCUUUAAUUUGGAAAAAGAAGCGAAUCCUGAAGUGUGGAUGAAUAUUAGUGAGAUCAUCACCUACAAUGGCUACCCCAGUGAAGAGUAUGAAGUCAUCACUCAGGACGGGUACAUCCUCAGCGUCAACAGGAUUCCUCAUGGACGAAAAGAUGCCAGGAGCCCAGGACCCAGGCCAGUCGUAUAUAUGCAACAUGCCUUAUUUGCAGACAAUGCCUCCUGGCUGGAGAAUUUUGCCAAUGGCAGCCUUGGAUUCCUUCUAGCAGAUGCAGGUUACGAUGUCUGGAUGGGAAACAGCCGGGGGAACACUUGGUCAAGAAGACACACAACACUCUCAGUGACUGAAGAAAAAUUCUGGGCAUUUAGUUUCGAUGAAAUGGCCAAAUACGAUCUCCCGUCUGUAAUAGACUUCAUUGUAAAUAAAACUGGUCAGGAGAAGCUGUAUUUCAUCGGGCAUUCACUUGGCACUACAAUAGGGUUUGUAGCCUUUUCCACCAUGCCUGAACUGGCACAAAGAAUCAAAAUGAAUUUUGCCUUGGGUCCUGUGGUCUCAUUCAAAUAUCCCACGGGCAUUUUUACCAGUUUUUUUCUACUUCCAAAAUCCGUAAUCAAGGGCAUUUUUGGUACCAAAGGCAUAUUUUUAAAGACGGGAAGGGAACCUUCCCUCAAACUCUGCAACAAUAAAAUAUUAUGGGUGAUAUGUAGUGAACUCAUGUCCUUAUGGGCUGGAUACAACAAGAAAAAUAUGAAUACGAGUCGAAUGGAUGUGUAUAUGUCACAUGCUCCCACUGGAUCAUCGAUGCAGAACAUCCUGCAUAUAAAACAGCUUUACAGAUCUGAUGAAUUCAGAGCUUAUGACUGGGGAAGCGAAGCUGAGAACAUGCGUCACUAUAAUCAGAGCCGUCCCCCGCUCUACGACUUGACCACCAUGAAGGUGCCUACUGCUAUAUGGGCUGGUGGCCAUGAUGUCCUUGUGACGCUCCGGGAUGUGGCCCGGGUAAUCCCCCAAAUCGGGAACCUCCAGUACUUCGACCUCUUGCCUGACUGGAAUCACUUCGAUUUCAUCUGGGGCAUGGACGCUCCUCAGCGGAUGUAUAGUAAAAUCAUAGCCUUGAUGAAGUCAUACUCCUGACUGCAGCACAUCUCCAUCUUGGUUCAAAGUUGCUUGCCAGCCCAUGGGAGGCUUUGGGAAAGAGACUGAUCAGCAGGGAGGCCUUCUCCGGUGUCCUUCACCUUGUUUGCUUGUUGCUGAGGGGCUCCCUUACCCGACAUCCCGGCUCGGAAUUAUUUCAACUGUGUUGUUCUUAGCUAAGAACCCCACACGCCUGAAAUCUCCAGUCUCUUCCCCUCAGUCAGGGGUAGGCCCAAUUUUUCAUGUCUGUGAAAUAUGCACUUCGGAGAGUAGUUCAAAGAGGACUUUUCCUUUCCUAGUUAAAGUCAAUUUCUUAGAAGGAAAGACUUCAUUUGAGAAUAUAUUUUGGGUGGCCGUGAUCAUAUGGCCUACUAGAAAUCACGGUUAGGUGGUCAUCUAUAAACAGGCCAUGGUCAUCUAUAAACAGGCCAUGAAAAUAAGCUCCAGCCCACAUCCAGCAUGAAAAAGAACAGACUGCUGGAAAAACUAAUAAAAUUGAAGUAUUCCAGGAGCCCACUUUACUGUUAUAAGCUAGAAAAAAAAGAAAGAGACAGACAGACAGACAGACAAAACUGGGAAUGACUACGUAGGAUAUGCUGAAUUACUGAUUAUUUUGAAGUUACAACACAUGAGAAAUAAUUCUGUCCCACCUUGCUCUAAAGAUAAGUUACACUGAUCACCGACAGUGUUUUCAUGGUCAAAGGGGAAUUUAUACUAUUGCUUGCACCCAAGUGACAUUUAAAGCAUCUUCCAGAAAGCCUAUUUUAGAAGCGGCAAGGGAGGCUCUAGGAAUAUUGCAAGUCUUGCUCUGUUUCAUUCUCUAAAUGAUGCCAGACCUUGAUUUUAGGAUUUAGUAUGGAGUUCCGAGAGGAGCGUGAAGUUUUGUGUCUGUUUCUGGAUUCCUGAGUGGUGGAAACUUGCAAAAGUUCUUUACCUUCUAUGAAGAUGUCAUUAACGGAAAACUCUUUACAAUCCUCAAGGAAUCAUAAAUAACUGGUACACAUACAUACCUCCCACAGUUAAUUUUAAACAAGUAAAUGUAAAUUAGCUCCCUAGUAUUUG